CACAGAGACGAAGCAGCACAAUGGCAUGCUACAGCCGACAGUGUUUCCUAUGUCCAAGGCUUUGGCUGGUUCUGGCUUUGGCUGUGUGGCCCAUUGUCACAGAAGGGGCUGUUCUGAUUCUGCUCAGAGGGGAAGUUGGUGGAAAUGUGACCUUUAAGUCGUCCACUUUGAAGCAGGGAAAGAUACAAUAUAUGUAUCUCCAAAAGGACAUCAAUGGGCAUCAAGUAUUCAUCAAUGGAUACUACUCAGGAAAGCACAUCAAAGAAUCACCAUGGCCGAACACAAGAGUGGAUAACAACACGAAUGAGGUCCACAUGUUUGGACUGAACAUGUCACACAGUGGAGACUACGACCUCCUUAUCCACUACAACAACGAUGGGGAACCGACUAAAACAAUUAUACGACUGAAUAUCACAGGAAAGUACUCUGCACCUUCAGUCACACUAGUGUGUAGUGAUGAAAACAAAUUCAAGAGUUGCAUCGUGACAUGUGCCUCACAUGGGGGCUUCCCUCUCUCCAACAUGGCAUGGAAAGUGUUUGGGACCGAGAAUACCAGGAAUAAUGAUUGGAAAGUCCUGAACAAGACUGAAGAUCUGAGUAAGGACACCAAGUUGUUCACAAGCUCCAGCACUGCUUUCUUCAACUGCUCCAGAGGAGAGAUGAACUUCAGCUGCUCUGUGGGUGGUGUAACCUCCGAGGAGCAUACAGUCUGCACACACCAGGAUCCACCGAACAAUCCCAAUCUUUAUGUGAUAAUUCUAGCUUGUCUAGUGCCUUUCGUAGUGGUGGUGAUAAGUUUGGGACUAUGGUGGUGGAGAUGCAAGAAAAGACCGAUAGGAACAGCAGCGGCAAAAGAUGUGGUGGAAGAGCUACAGCUAAAGGGACGUGAGGAGGAGAUAACAGUCCUCACUGAAUCUAAGGAGGUGACAGAAGCAUCUUGAGUGUUAAACUGAUGAAGAAGACCAUCCAGUUUUUGUCUACGACCAAAAAUCAUAGAUGUUCUGGAAACAAGAACCAAAACUGUAUGUCAAUCAGAUGUACAUUACAUUUGUGACUGACUGCCAAGACGGGAAUGACCAGUGUCCUCAAGACUCAGUGAAUCACCAGGGACCACAUGCUGCCAACAUUUCAGUGUCACUUGUGACUUUCACAUUUUUGAGGAAGUAUAUAUUAUUACUGGUGAAGCAGGAUGCGUCACUAAACUGACAACAGCAAAUGAGAAUGACUUACUUCUCCAAAAAAAAAGCACUUUUCCAGUGGUGUGUGGUGAGAUUGAUGUUGCAUUCCCGGAAACUGUACCUCAUGGAAACACCACCUUGCACUGUGAGUGGGAAAGUUCAAAGGAGAAAGACUGUAAGACUUUAUUGUUACACUGACGUUUGUGGACGGAAAUGAGACCGUUACACUUGCUGCUAGGGUCACCUCUGGGGUGUUUUAGCAUUUUUUUAAAUUAUGAUAUAGUGCAGUUACUGCACUUUAAAAUAUCCUUAGUAGCCUUGUUUAAAUUGCUACAUGUACUGUACAUAUAAACUAGAGCGGCACCAUGGCCUCUUAAUUUGCAUGAUCAGUAGCCAAAUAAAUGUGAAAGACAAAAUCUGUGAAUUAAGAAAAGACAGGUGCCAAAAUAUUGUUUGCACAUUAUUUGCUUUGCUGGACUUUGCCGUUUCAACCAAGCUUUCUUUAGUAUUCUGUAAGGUCUUGUAUUCCCUAGUAAAGUGCAAUAAUGGAUACAAGGAUAAGAGGGUUUUUCCUGCUUUUAACUGAAUGGCCGUUGCUCUGAUUGUUGGUAUUUUGGUCUUUUCACAACUAUGACAUUUUUCUCAGGUUGUUGUUCUCAUUUGAAACGUACUUGUGCAAAAUAUUUAUUCAAUUGUUUGUUUUUCCUUCUCAAUGCUGGACUGUAAAAUGCACUAUCAUUUGCUAUUUAUCCAAGCUAUAUCCCUUUUGUAAACCAAUUAAACUUGUAAAACUCCA